UUCUCUGUGAUUUGAUAAGCCUCCCAUAACUGUUAUCCCUUGGGAAGAGACAAAGAUUGAGUGUUGAAUCCUCCAGUUUAUUCAAAUCACUGCAACUCAUCAGUCCAUUCGUGAUCUCUCCUCUUCUGAAUGCAAUGUUCCCCAAGAAGAGCUUCAAGCACAAACUGCCAGAAGAGCUGCAGCAUUUGGCUCCGGAGACGGACGCAGAACCGAAAGAGGAAUCAAACGCCGAGGGCAGUGAUAAUUCCAACGACGAGCGCCUGAAGAACAUCCUGGGCCUGAGGAACUACCUGGACGAUCUCGAGCACAGCAAUAUCAAACCGCCUGACGCGUCGUACAACAAGUACGUGCAGGAUUUCGAGGAGUACGUGAACUUGAGGCCGCCGACGCCCGAGAUCACGCUCGAGGAGCUCAGCCGGGUGCCAAUUGAGACGAAGGCGGAAGUGAUGGCGAACAGGAGUGCCUACGAGAAGGGCCUCAUGGACGGCGUCAGGGUGAAUCCGUCCGAGGUGGAGCUCUUCGGGCAGUUCGUCGUGACGAUGCUGCGUCGGAUGAACGAGUCCUCGCGCUUCACCACAAUGUCCAAGAUCUCCAGCAUCCUGUUCGAGAACUUCCUCACCGCCACCUCGACGGACGUCCAGAUGAAGGAUCCGCAGAUGAGCAAACCCAGACCAAGUUAACCGUGUUUUGUGUAUUACAUUCGAUUUUAACAGUUUUAAUCGUUUUAAUUGUGUGUUUGGCAUCGACUUGUGGCAAAUAAAAGGCUUUUUCUCUCUCUUUUUGA